AUCCCUCCCUCCUUCCUCCUCCUCCUCCUCCUCCCUUCCGGCUGUGGACAGAACCAGCCCCUCAGAGCAGAGGACCCAGCACGGCCACCUGGGGACCCCGGCACGGCCCCUCGGACGUCACCUGUCCCUCUGGUGUCGCGCAGGCUCGGCGGUGGGUGAGGACAAGCAGAGACAUCCCAGAGCAUCCGCGGCCAGGCCAUGGCAGCCCAGCCGCCCGGGGGCCACAAGCCCUUCCACGUUGUUUCUCCCGUCCUGGAGAGCCUGUCCCUCUCCGAGGCCGUGGGCACCAAGGUCCUCAUGAAGCUGGAGAACGUCCAGCCCUCGGGAUCCUUCAAGAUCCGGGGCAUCGGGCACCUGUGCCAGGAUGCUGCCAAGAGGGGCUGCCGCCACUUCGUCUGCUCCUCAGGAGGGAACGCGGGUCUGGCGGCGGCGUUCGCGGCCCGGGAGCUGGCCCUGCCCAUCACCGUGGUGCUGCCCAGCAGCAGCGGCCCCACCGCCGUGCGAAAACUGCAGCAGCUGGGGGCCACGGUCGAGGUCUACGGCAAGGUGUGGGAUGAUGCCAACAGCAGAGCCCAGGAGCUGGCUAAGACAGAGGGCUGGGUCAUCAUCCCCCCCUUCGACCACCCCUUGGUGUGGGAGGGUCACGCCAGCCUGGUCCGCGAGCUGAAGGACUCUCUGGAGGACAAACCAGGUGCCAUCGUGGUGGCGGUGGGUGGCGGGGGGCUGCUGGCCGGUGUGGUGGCCGGCCUGCAGCAGGUGGGCUGGCACGAUGUCCCCAUCAUCGCCGCCGAGACGCUGGGGGCUCACAGCUUCCACGAGGCCCUCAAAGCCGGCCGGCUCGUCACCCUGCCCGACAUCACCAGCGUGGCCACGUGCCUGGGAGCCAAGACGGUGGCGGCGCGGGCGCUGGAGUGUGCCCGGGAGUGCCAGGUGCUCUCGCAGGUGGUGCAGGACGCCGAGGCCGUGAGGGCUGUGCAGCAGUUCCUGGAUGACGAGCGGCUGCUGGUGGAGCCGGGGUGCGGGGCGGCCCUGGCCGUGCUGUACUCGGGGCGGCUGCGGCGGCUGCAGGGCCAGGGGCGGCUGCCGAGCCCGCUGCGCCCCGUGCUGCUCGUGGUGUGCGGCGGCAGCAACAUCGACUCGGCCCAGCUGCGGGCCCUGAAGAGCCAGCUGGGGCUGCAGUGACACCCCGCCGGGCACGCCCUGCUCGCUUUCCUUCCCAAAGAACCGAAAUAAAGCCUGGGGACGCGG